GUGCAGCCAUGGUGCAGCCCUCAACAAUGGUAGCUUGAAAAGCUACCAAUAAGCUUGUGGCUACCUCAUUUAGGCGAUGUCACUGUUGAACUAGCGUAAUCUGGAAGCUAUUGCGCAUGUGGGACCGUGCAAGCUGUGUAGUGUGCGCUUUGAGUAUUUCCCGGCGCCACCCUUGAACAGUCUGAAAGCCGUGUGAUGGUUAAACUACCCAUAAUAGCAUUGUGACUCUCUCUGUUAAGCGACGCUACAGUUCGCUUGUAGCAUUUCUCGCGCUUGGUGUCAGGAACACGCUUGCUUGACUGGGACGAUGCUAAGAUGGCUCAGAAAGAAGCGUCGAAAGGUGUUCCGCACGAGACACGACGUGUGCCGGCCAAAGACAGUGCCGCGGUGGGUGGUUUGGCCGCCGCCGGUAAAGCGGAUGAACAGUCUCCUUGCGAAGACUGUAAGACUGUGGGCAAGCGCAGCGUCAAGACCGCGGUCAGACGUCUCCUGCCGAGUUUGUCCCCAGGCGUACGCGAUCCGUCGCCGAUGUGUCGGAAUUCUCAGCAGUUCGAAUCGGUUGCUCCCGAAGCAGAAGGCAAAAAUCCGCCCGCCACAUCGACGCCGUCGUCGUCGUACAAUGUUUUGGGUUCUAUAAUUUCCACAUCAACCGCUGAACCCAUUGUCGAGCGACUCGUCCGAAGAGCGCCAGCCAAGGAAGCGCCUUCCAAAGACACAACCACCGGCGAACACCAGCAAGGCGACGCCGAGAAACCACGAAAGUCGUUAAAAGAGGCGCUUUUGUCCAAAAUGAUGGCACUGUUCGGCGGCUCUGGGUUAUCUGCUGCUGCGCGUGACACCGCGACGGCCGCACCGAUGCCGUCCACCAGCCGUGGCUCUGUCGAGCCGCUGGUGGCCAAGAGGCCGCGUGGCAGCCGUGAACAGAACCUACAAGGCCCUGGCAGUCUCUUCGGUGGCCUGCCUGCGGUUUCUGAUAGCAUUGAAACUGGACCGUCGCAGGCACCCAGACCGUCCAAGCGUCCAGCGACGGGCUUCCAUGGUCCGUCAGCUUCCGGCGCUACCCACUACUGGCAGCAAGCCACGCCAGGCUCGGGGAUGCCCAGAGGUGGCCCUGGACCAUCUUGGUGUUUUCUAGCCCCACCAGCAGAGAGUGGCACCUCCAGCCAAGAUGGUGUUUCACCCUUGCAAGGCGAGCUGAUUGUUGAAGAUGUGGAAAUGGAAGAUUUGACGGAUGCUUUUGAUGAAAGCUUGAACGAACAAGGGCCUCUCACAGACUACAAGGGUACCUAUGUGGUCACCGAUACCAACAUCUUCCUUAGCAACCUCAGCUUGCUCAAGAGGAUAUUGUUGCCUGAUACAGGCAAUGAAGACAUGGUAUUGUGUGUCUCGUGGAUGGCAAUUCAAGAGCUGGACAGCAUUAAGACCAAAAAGAAAGGCCCACUGUCCAGCAGCGCUGCAUCUGCAAUCAUGUUCAUCUACCAGGCCCUCUCGACCAAGAACCCCAGGCUCCGUGGACAGACAGUUGUGGAGGCACGACGCAAGGAUGACGUCCUGCCCAAAGAUGGAUGCAGCAUUAACGAUGACCAUUUCCUGCACUGGUGCCUGGAGUUCAAAAAGCAAGGUAACAAGGUGCUCCUGCUGAGCAAUGAUUGCAACCUCCGCAACAAGGCCAUGAUUAACAGCAUUGACACAAUGUCAGCUGACCAAAUAGAGAAGAAACUUGGUCCGCCCACUACCAAAGAGGGUCACAAACAGACGCCAUCGCCCAAGUCGUCCAUCGAGCAGCAGAAGCCCAGCGCACUAUUGUCGCAGCAGUUGGAGCUCAGACCCUGUAAAUUUAGCAGCCGGUCGAGCCAGAAGUUGCCCCUGCCUCCCGAUGUCUUGCAGAAACAGAAGGAUGCUUCCAAGGAAGCGUCAGCCACAUCGAACACUUCUGCUUGCGAUGUAUCACCACAAGUACCUGUUAGAGACACCAUUUUGAUGGAAGUUCGUGAAAUCCUGCGGGAAAGCCUGAACCUGACUCUCAAGAGCGAACUGGAAAGUGCAUUUGGGACCCUUUGGCUUCGGGUCGUUGAAAUCAAGCCACCUUGGACUGAAGAGUCUGCCCUGCAGUGUAUCCUCAGGCACUGGAUAUCGUUAACAGGCACUGCAUUUUCCAAGUCCACUCUGAAGCCCAUCAUCUCCGCCCUGCUGUCGAAGCUUUCAAAAAACCCUGGAUCAAGUGAGGUUCUCCAAAUCACCGACUUGGCCAUCCAGCUGUGCUCCGAGAUGCAGUGUCACUACCCCCAGCUGGCUGAAGAUGUGGCACGGCUUGAAAAGCUGAGUGGGGAUCUCCUGGGAUUGCAGCAAGCAGCAGCUGCAGGCAGUGCUGCUCGACGGCAUGAUUCAGAUGGCAAGAAAGAAACCUCGGCUCGCCCUCGCCCCCCUCCUCUGCGCAACCCAGGCCGUUCAAUGCCAAUAAACCAUAGGCUUGUCAACCUUAAUAAAGAGCCCACUGUGGACUACGUACACCGCCCUCCACAUGUGAUUCUUAUGGCAUCGAUAAAUGAGGCUCGGUACCAGGCUGAGUACCGCGCUGAAGAAGAGCGCAAGCGGAAUCCUGAUGCUCCACUGCCACCCCACAUUCCUCCCGGUCGUCCGCACAUCAUCAACCGGUUUCCCCUGCGCCCGCCCAUGGAGGCAGUGAAGCGCCGUCUGGAGCUGCAUCGGCAGCAACCUCUGCCGCUGCCCCCGCCCCCACCAGAGAACACUCCACCUGUGGCACUGUUCCAGGACUCAUGGAGUGUCAUCAAUGACUACUGUGGAUUUCUGUGCUCCAAGACUGAGAUGACUCACGAGUUCCCCUACACUGUGCGGGCCGCAUACAAGAUUGACCGUGCAGUCGUGCGCAAGGUGUACCGACUUGUUGUACAUGUCACAGAUUACAUGACUGUCCUGUUGAACGAGCUUGACAAAGGUCGAGAGAACCUUGUCGGUCUAGCGGAGGCUUUGAUUGAGGCUCUCACUGAACUUCUGAGGACUCUUCGUCAUGAGAGCAUACCAGCGGAUAAAACCUGGAGAGUUGACUUGGAUGAAAUGCUGGACUUCCUGAUGGAGCCUCGUCACAAGAACUUGCUGGCUGUGGGCAAACUACAGAUUAUGACACUUCACAACAGUCUGGCUCAGUGUGCACUGGACAUCAUGUCUCCUAACUUUAAACCCUCCCCCUGACUACAUAAGGCUACAAUGGUGCAUGUGCUGCUGCUGCUUUGGCUUGCAGUAGUCCAGGAUCCUGUGAAGCCAGCAGUUCCUUUGUCGGUAGAUGAAGUGCCUUCUCAAGCGGCGUUUGCAGUGGGCCAAGUGCCUCGUCUUUUAAGUCAAUCCGGCAAAUUUGUGAGAUUUAAAAAUUUUGUUCAGUGUACUUUUUUUUGCGUGUGUGUUUGUGUGCUAAAUAAAGAACAGUCACCCUCCUGUU